AGAAAUGUCUGUUCUCGGACUCGGUUGAAUCCGACGUUCACUUCCAAUUCCGCUUGUCUCGAGUAUAGUACCGGUACCAGACGAAAUUGUCAUACAUCCAACGUACGCAUUAUGGCCACGACGAAUGUUUGUCGAGAAAGAUUGUUGUCGUCAUAGAAAGGAGCAAUAAACAGCGCCACAAUGUGGGGGCGUUUCACCAACAUAGCGCAGAAUGUCCAGGACAGGUUGGACACUGUGGUCGAGAACGUCAACAAAUCCAUGAAUGAGGAACCAUCAGAAGGGGAUACCUCUGUCGCUUCAGGAUCCGGGGACGCCAGUUUUGCCUCGGCUGCAGAUGCCAGUUUUGCCAGUUCCUCAGACGCUCACGACCAGCUGAACGAACAAACCAAGCUACUGAACCAGUUGAAGGAUAUGAUACGCCAAAAAGACAAACAACUCCUGGAAAGCAACGCCAAGUUGUCCAAGUUCAAACUGCAGGCCAAAGCGAAGAUCACAUCACUGACCAAUCAAAUUGGAGCACUGAAGAAAGCAGGGGGAGAACCACAAGGAGACGAGGAGAGCUCAAGUGCCAAAACUGAAGGGGCCGAUGACCCAGCCAGUCGCGGCAAGCUCAUCGUCCUCAAGAAGAAGCUGGAAGAUCGCGAGAAAGCCCUCGCUGAGAACUCCGCACUCGUCGAGAAACUCGAAAGCUCUGUCAACGAAAAGCAACUCGUCAUUGACGCUCGGGAGAAGCAGUUGGCUGAGAAGGGACGGAUGAUGGCAGAGAUGGAGGAAGGGGAGCGCAAGAUGCAGGCCGAGCUGCGUGAGAAGGAGAAAAUCAUCGAGAAGAGAGAGGCGGUGAUUGAGGCCAUGCGCAGCGGAGGGGUGGGCGGGGCGUCGGGCAGUGGGAGGAUGGGAGAGGAUGAAAGUGACCAGGGUACAUCAGUGAGCGACUCGAGGGUGAAGGAGCUGGAGGACCAGCUAAACGAAGAAUCGUCCAGGGCUAAGGAACUGUAUGCUCAGCUUGUUUACAAAGACAAGAUGGUGAUGGAGCAGAACGGUAAACUCCUUGAGCUCGAGCAGCGUAUCCAUGAAUUACAAGAACAUGUCAAGGAUAAGAAUGAGGUCGUUCAGGGUCGCGACAAGGUCAUUCAGGUCUUACAGGCAGAGUGCAAACAGAAGGACCAGGCCAUUACAGAUUUCAACCGGGUGCUGGAAAACAUGCGGGAAAAGACUGAAGGCACGGAUGAGAAAAUCAGCCAGCUGACUACAGAGCUUGAGCAGCGAGAUGCUGCACUUAACGCGGAGAGGGAACGCUGGGAAGCAGAGAAACAGGAACUGGUACGCACUCACCAGGAGAUGCUGGCUGAAGUCCGGACCGUGGCCAAGCAGCGGCAAGGCCAGCUGGAGAUGCUACAGACGGAGCACAGGAGAGAGAUGUCCCAGCUGGUGGGCAAGUCCAACGACGCAGCCACCAAGGCACUGGAGAGGAGAUGCCAAGAAGCCGAAGAGAUCCUGUCGGGGAAAGUCCGAGUCUUGGAGAUGCUGCAAGGUGAGAUUGGAGAGAAGGAGAAGCUGCUCUUGGAGCAGGGGACCACUGUCAAGUCCCUGACGGAGAAACUGCAGACGUACCAGGAUCAACUGGGAAACCUUCAGGAGGAUUUUGCCUCCAGGCAGCAGGCUUGGAGGAACGAGAAACAAGCUCUGGAAGGACAAAUUGAGGAAAUCAGAGAGAAGCAUGAGACUGAGUUAACAGAGAAGACAAACACCGUGACGGAAUUGCAAACAAGUCUUCAUCAGUAUGAGACGCAGUACAAGGAAGUUUCAGACAGCCAUAACAAGAUCCAGUCAGACUUUGAGCAGACCCAAUCUGAACUGGAGCAGAGCAAGACAGCGCUGGAACAAACCAGGACAGAACUGGUUCAAACCAGAACAGACAGGCUGGAACAGGAAAAAGCAGAAAUGGAAGCAAAGCAGGCUGAGAUUGAUAGGCUGCAACAACAACUCAGAGACAAGGAAGAAGAGAUCAGACUCAAAGAUGAGGAGGUCAAGGAGUCGAACAAGAAGGCGGAGGCUAAAUUCAUGAAAGUCAAGGCCCAGGCCAAAGCUAAGAUAAAGUCCCUUGAAGAAGACCUGGAGGAACUCAAAAAGGCGGAUUCCAUGGCAGAGGAGCUGAGUGAUUUGAAACUCAAGAUUGCCGAGCUUGAAGAAGAGAAGGGGAACCUGCAACUCAAGCAGAUGGACUUUGACGAGAACACGGCUCAGAUUGAAACUUUGAAAACAACUGUGAGUAAUCUGGAGACAAAAUGCCAGAAUGUCUCAGAGGAGAAAGACGAACUUCGCAAGAUGAUUGAGGCCCAAUCACAAGAACGGCUUGAGAUAGAGUCUAAGCUGGAAGAUUUGCAAUCCAAGUUAGACCAGAAUCAGUUGGAGUUUGACCAGCAGCAGCGGGACAAGAUGGCGGCUCUCUCGGAGGAGUUGUCCCAUCUCAGAGAGAGGCUGCUGGAGGCGGAGGACGCCCGAGACGCUGAGAUGAAGUCUAGGGUCAGUGUCGAGACCAAACUUGUUGAGCUGGCCGAGUUUAAGAAAAGUGCCGAAAAACUCAUGGCGACACAGGAGGAGACAAUCGCAUCAUUGAAUGAGGCAAGAGAUGGUCUUGAGAGGGAGCUUUCCUCGAUGGAGUCGCAGCGAGACGAACUGAAGGAGGAAAAGGUUGCCAUGGAGCUGAGGAUGGUUCAGUUAGAGGAGGAGAAAGAUAAUUUUGAGCAGCAGACAGUCCAUCUCCAGGACACGGUCCAGCAUCUCAAGGAGACAAUGGAGAGGGAGCAUCUUCCCUUGGCCGAGAUGGAGCGAGAGAGGGAGGCCUUCCAGGAGCAAGUCGGACAUCUCGAGAGCGGCAGGGAGGACGCACUGAAACAACUGGAGGAAGAGAAAGCGGCGAGAAGCCAAACGGAGGCUGAGUUGGAAUCACUCAGAGUUUCCAAAUCUGAGGUGGAGAGUGAGUACCGUGAGGUACAGCAGCAACUUGUAGAUUCCAAGGCUGAGCUGGAGAGGGUGACAGGUGAAACUGAGAGGAUUGAACAGGUGCUACAAGAUGAGACAAACCGCAUGUUAGCACUGAUGAGCCAACUUGAAGACCUACGCAAGGAAACAGAAACUCUUGGAAUUGAAAGAGACGACUUAUCACAUCAACUCACCGACCUCCAAAACCAACUUGACUGCUCUUCCAAGGAAAAAGAUGACUUCGGGGCCAAAAUUCAAGAGCUAGAAGCUGCCUUGGGAGAAACAUCGACCAAACUGCGCCAGAAGGAGGACGAAGUCCAGACCUUCUGCGACAGGUUUGCGUCUAAAGAGACGGAUGUGGCUGAAACCCAAGUCAAGCUAGAGGAGGAGAGAGAGAAGUCGGCCAGACUUGCAGAAGAGAAAAGCAAACUGGAAGUAGAGUUGGACUCCUCUAAGAUCGGUUUAUCAGAAAUCCAGAGAGAACUUGAAAAUCAGCAUUCAAGGUUUGAUGCUGAAAAAGGAGAACUAGAGGCUGCUCUUCACAGCAAAGAAGAGGAGUGUCUUGAGAUGACUCAUACUUGCCAAGAGAAGGAUAAGGAAAUAUCAAGACAAUCACAGGUUAUGGAGGAGAACAUACAAGAACUGUCCUCGAUGAGGGAUCAAAUUUCUGAGCGGGAUUACAGGAUAGGGACUUUAGAGAACUCGGUCAGCCAGGCGGAGCGAGAAAUAGAGGUUCUCAGGGAAGGGCAGUCGGCUGAGGGAAAGAAGACAGAGUCCAGGAUGUCUUCCCUUCUGGGACAGAUUGCCGAACUGGAGUCAGAGAUUACUGAGAAUCAGAGGACUAUCUCCGAACAGGACAACAGAUUCCAGGACCUGAGUGCUCAGUUUGAACAGAAGUCCUCAGAGGCAGAAAAUGUUGUCAGAGAGCUGAAAGAUUCAAUCAAGAAGCUUUCCCGCCAGGUUGAAGAGAAAGAAGGCAAAGUUGAGUCCUUGCAGGAUCAGUUGAUGGCAUCCUUGCAGCUUGUCCAGGACAAGGAAGACUCCCACCAAGAACUAUUAAGAAUAGAGAAAGAAGCAUUCAGCAAUAUGGAGGCUGCUCUGACAUCUGAAAUAAUUAACCUCAAGGCCCUCCUGAAAAGCACGGAGAGUGAAAAACUUCAACUCAUUGAGGAAGCCACAAAGAAAUCCACGCUUUGUGAAGAGUUGCACCAGAAAUUGGAUGUGGCUGUUAAGAAUGUAGAAGAAAUGGAGUACUCCUUGAAAGAAAAAGAAAAACAGAUGACGGAACUCCGUGAGAUGCAAGAACAUCUUGAAAAGAGUCUUGAAGAAAGAGAAAAUGCCUUGCAAUCAGAGUCAACUUCAAACCAAGAAAUGUUGAUGUCAUCAGAGAAGCAGCGAGAGCAGCUUGAAAACCGGCUACAAGAAAGAGAACGGUUAAUUUCAACUUUGGAGCAAAAUGUCGAAAAGCUGACACAGGAAGCAGAACAACUAAGCAGACAGUGUAAUGAUCUCAAAGAUCGGCUUCAAAAUGCUGCAGAUGUAAUUCAGUCCAAGAACGAACAAGAAGGCAUUCUUGUUACAGAGAUUGAACAGUGUAAAAAGGAGACCAAGGAGCUUCAUAACAAAGAAGAUGCUCUGAUGAAGCAGGUUGAUAUGCACAAAGAGGAGGCUGCCGUCUUGAGACAAGAGACUGAAAGGUUGAAAGAAGAGCUGGGUUCAUCAACUCUGGAGGUGCAAACACUGCGAGAAUCCCUUUCAUCCCAGGUUACAGCUGUAAAAGAAAGCCUCCAGAAAUCCUCGGCGGAAACCAAUGAAAAGCAAAAGGCCGUUCAAGAGCUUCAAGAAGAGCUUGCUAGGAGAAGUGAAGCGUUUGAGGAGAAAAACCUGUCGGUUACAGAACACCUGAAAAUGGCAGAAAUGAAGGAGCAGCGUCUAAGUGAAGAGCUUGCUGUCAAGGCUGAGAUGAUUGAAGAUCUGACACAAAGACUCAUCAGCAAUGAGGAGAGUUAUGCCGAGGAGAUGCAACAUCUCAAAAAGGAAGUACAGAAUCUGUCUGCAAACUUAGAAGAAUGUGCCCAUGAAAUUGAAACCAAAAACAACCUCCUUGAUAGAAUGAAAGCUGAGAUAGAAAAGGGAGAUAAGAAUUUUGGGGAUCGGGUGGCAGCCCUUAGCGAAAGCUUAGAGCAGUCUCAGGUUGACACUGCCAAAAUGAGAGAGGAGGUUGAAGCAAGAGAACUUGAAUGGACUCAGUUGAAAGGGGAUUUGUUGCAAAGAGAAGCUGUGAUGUCUGAAGAGAUUGCAGCUUGGAAAGAGAAAUAUGAACAGGCCAUUGACGGUACGGAUGAUUUCCAGAAGGAGAUGAAAGAUAGAGAGACACAAAUGACCAAUGAAAUUGCAUCACUUCAGAAAUCCCUCUUAGAAGUCACAGAGAAGGCAUCCACAAUGGAGACUGCUUUGAAUGAAAGCGAAAAUAAACUCAGAGAACUCAACCAAGAGUUUGAUCAAAAGAAGGGUGAAUAUGAGUCAAGGAUAUCAUCGCUGCGGGAGAAAUGCAAGAAAGUGAUCCAUGAGCGGAAUGAGAUAAGGAACCAUCUAGCAAGCAAGACAGAGGAAUCUAAGAACCUUCAGAUUAAACUCGAAGAGCAAGCCAAAGAAAUGUCCUAUAUUGCCACCUCACAGACAGAAUCCCAGCAUACUGCUUCAAACAAAAUCCUCCAUAUGGACAGGGAUCUGGAGCAGAAGAUUAUCCUUGUUGAGACUCUCAAGAACCAGCUUCUUGAAAGAGACGAAGAGUUCAGCGCCGAAGUUAGCUCCCUCAACAACAGUCUAACAGAGCUGAGCACACGAGUGCCAGAGUUGGAAGCCGCUCUUGAAACCAAAGAGUCUCAGUUGAAGGACCUUCUGGACCAACUACAGGACAAGGAAGGCCAGUUGAGUGAUCUGAAUGAGAGCUUCUCAGAGCAGGAAUCCAAGGUCUCAGUGUUACAGGAGCAGCUCAUCCAAGAGCAGGAGAAAGUUGUGGUGGAGAGGGUUCAGAUGACCGAAAGUGCACCGGCCCCAGACCACCAGGCAGAGCUAGAGAAUCAAAAUGCAAAGUUGAAAGCCGAGAUAGAGACUGGCAAACAAAGAUAUGGGAAGCUGCUUGUAAAAGCCAAGGAGAUAAAGGCCAAGUCAGAGCUGGCUUCAAAAGAGAAGGAGAGGUUGGAGUCUGAAGUUGCAUCUCUGAACAGCACCAUUGAACAGAGGAACCAACAGAUGCAGGCUUUGUCUCAAGAUUGUGAACGAGAACAAUCAGAACUUGCGUCAUUGAAAAGAUUGUUGGAGGAGAGAGACCAACUGUUGACAGGUAAAAAUGAACAAUUGAUGAUUGCGGUUGAGGAAAACAAUGUCCUUCAGACAAAAUCAUUGUCCCUCAAAGACCGACUUGAUCAAGAACUUGAAAAACAGAAUGUUGUGUCUUUGGAGAAUGAAGGCUUAAAUUCAGAGUUGUCCUCACUAAGAGAGACAGUCAAAGAAAAGGAACAUAACUUGGCACUUGCAAAUGAAAUUAUUGAAGAGUUGAAAGUUGCCCAACGAGCUCUUGGUAGCAAACAGAUGGAAAACCUGGGCAAAAUGCAGAGCCUGCAAGAUAGUACUGCUCAUCUUGAAAAACAACUAGGAGAAAAGGAUGCGAUGUUAGAAAAGGUUCAUUUGGAAAAUGAGCAAUGCAGGAACGAGAAAGAAACCUUGGCAUCCAGCUUACAAGUAUCGGAAGAGAACCUCCGUCAAGCACGUGCCCAGAAAAAAGAUCAAGAUGAUACAAUCAAAACCAUGCAAUCUCAGGGACAAGCAACUCAGGAAGAGAAAUCCAAGAUGUGGAAUGAAGAGCUGCAAAAGAUUUGUAAUGAGCUGGAAGGUGAGAAAGAAAAGAACAAAGAAUUGAUGCAACAGCUCCAAGAGGCUCAGAAUGCUCAUCAACAGGAGAGUGAGCAUUUGUCUGAUGUCUGCAACAAGUUGCAAGCACAGAUAUCAAAUGCCGAGGAACAUAAUGAAGAGCUUCAGAAAAUUCAACACGAGCUGAAUGGUGAAAAGAUGAAUAAUGCAGCACUGAGGGAGCAGCUCGUGGAGGCGGAAAGGGUCCACCAACAGGAUCAGGAAAGUUUGUCAGAGACUAUCAAACAGUUGAAAUCUGAAGUAGAGGAUGCAGAGUCACGACUGGGAUUACUGACUGAAAACGCCGAAAAGAUGACACAGCUGAAGCGACAACUGGAGCAGUCGGUGACUGAGAGUAGGGGAUGUGAGGAAAGCCUCCAGUCUGAGCUUGACAGAGCCAAGGAAAUGGUGGAGAAGCUCGUGAAAGAGAGGGAGGAUCUGCAGCAACACUUGUCAGAAGUAGAAGACAAGGAACGUCGCUUGGCUCACAAACUGCAAGAGAUGGGACAACAAAUGAUGCAGGCCACGGUAGAGAAGGAACGGGUCCAGCAACUCCUGGACCAAAGGGUUGAGGGUGAUGACCGACGAGAUUGUGAGAUAAAUGAACUCUUCCGUAAAGUGGCUCAGAUGGAGUCCGACAAAGCUGAGCUGAAGGAGGUCAUCGAGGAGAGAAGUGGAGAGUUGAAUGAAAUGGCUUUGUUGCUGGAACAAAAGGACAAUCAGCUGGCACAGUUCAUUGAGGAGAAGGAAUCAUUGCAGGUUUAUAUGCAAACGGACAACAGCAGGAGGGAAAACGAGAUUGCUUCAGACUUCAAGAAGCUGAACGAGGAGCUGGUGGAAAUGAAAGAUAAAAAUGAACACCUCCAAAGUCUUGUUGAACAGCAUGAGAUGAAAGAGAGUAAAGCAAGUACAAGGUGUGAAGAGCUGUCACAGCAGUUGACUCAGGUGACGGAGGAGCUUCAAAAGACAGAGAGCAGGAAAGAGGCUAUCCAGAGACAAAACGAGAAGCUGAAGGAGAGGCUGACCAAGAUAAAUGAUGCUAGGAAGAAGCUAGGAAAGGAGGUGGAAGAGCUCAAGCAAGAAAAGGAAGAAAUGGACGGACUUGUGAAAAAGAAAUCCGAGGCAGAGUCUCAGGUCUUGGUCAUGAAGCAGGAGUUUGAGCAUCUGCGCCAGUCUAGUGAUCAGAGUGCUUCAGAGUCGGUCAAUCUGAGACAAGAACUGGAAGCAACGCGAGAUAAGUGCCACCAGCUCAUCACAGACAACGAAUCGCUGAAAAUGAAGGUUUCUGAUUUGGAAAAUGUCAGGAUGCAGGCCGAGUCCAAAAAGCAGACUCUUGCAGAGGAAAAUGACAAUUUGUCCAAAAUGAUGCAACAACAGCAAGAUGCUAUUGAUCACCUUCAGUCCAAGAUAAAGCAACUCAACUCUGAUCUGACCUCCGCCAAAACAGAGUGCAAAAAUGUUCAAGAUGACUUCACAAAAACGCAAGCCAAGUUAAACCAACAGGUCGAAACGUACACUACAAAACUCCGCAAUGCAGAGGAACAUUUGAACAAGAAAACAGCAGAUCUUGAGAAGUUGGCAAAGGAACUUGAACACGGGAAGCUCGACAAGAAUAUCUUGGUGGCUGAGAAAGAAGAGGUGGAAGUGCUCUUGGACAAGCUAGACCAGAAGAACUCCAUCCUUGCAGAGGAGCUUGCAGUGGCCAAGAAUCAAGCCAAGACUGCGCUGGAUGAGGUGCAGGUUCUGAAGGCACUGGAAUCUACACUAGCAACAGUGGAAUCACAAAACAAUAAUGCGCUAGAAGAGAACAGAGACUUGAUGGCUCGGAAUGCUCAACUACUCCAAGAGAAUGAAGAGUUGGUGAGCGAAGUUCAGGAGUACAGUGAUCAGAUGAAAGAGGCUCGGUCCACCACUACCAAGUUGAAGACUGCUACAUCCGAUCUCGAAAAUCUCAGGAAGCACCUGGGCGAGCGGGAGCAUGUCAUCAUGGAGCUGCAAGUGGCUAGCUCUGAAAAUGAAGAGACACUCGGCCAACAGAGAGAAGCUUACAAAACCCUGGAGCAAGACAAAGAGGAGUUGGGAGAGGAGCUGGAGAGGUUCCAAGGGGAGCUGGAGUCCUUCAAAGUGGAGCGGGACCACCUCAGGGCAGAAUGCUCUCAACUCAGGGAAGUGGUGGAGAGAUACCAGCAUGAGAGCGAGCAUCUCGGGGAACAGCUGGGGGCGUUGCAGCAGCAGAUGCAACAGCUGAGUGCUGAUAAUGAGGGGUUGAGGCUGAGAGCUCACCAGGAGGGAACUGUGGAUCAGCAGCUUAGGCAGUGGCAGGAAGCCUAUGAGGGAGUAAGAGCAGAACUUGGGACAGCAGAAGCCGAGAGGCUUCAGGCACUGCAGAGCCUCCACCAGAGGGAGAUGAGGUGCGAAGACAUGACCAUGCAGAUCUCGGCACUGAUUGAGGAACGUAACAACCUGAGCAUCCAGCUGCACAACUCGGCCAGAGCUGCCCGGGAUCUGCAGAAGGAGCUGAAGCUGGUGGAAACGGAGAACAUCAAGCUGACGGAGCAAGUGGAAGACAAGGAACGGACGUUUGUCAGCCGCGCUGCUGUGGAGAUUGAGGAACCAAUCAUAAGAGCCGAGACAUCUAGCCUUCAGCAGGGUGCACCUGUAGUACGGGAAACCCACCAAGAUGAGCUGAUUGACAUCAGCAGAAGGUUGGAGGAUGCUGAACAGUCUAGAGAAGCGAUUGCCAAUGAGUUUACUGAAGUGGAGGGUAAGGCACCCACCUCAGCUGAUCAACUAACACUUGAGGCGGCAUUGCAGAGGGAAAGGGAACAGCGUCUGCGAACAGAGGAAGCAUUGGUGCGUGCUCAGGAUCAAAUACGCGUCCUGGAGAGCAGACCCGCGGAGAAAGUUCCGCCAACACCGCCCUCGCAGGACAUUCAAGUGCAGAUGGAAGACACUGCCGAGAGAACGCCGUUGCUGCAGCCGUAUGGAGCAGGACACGUACUCACUCGUCAGGCUGGUUCCCUUGGAACCCAAGUCCUCAACUGGCUACAAGGUCGAAGUCUGGUCCCUUCGUAUUCCGAACAGUACCGUGGAGAUUGGGUCUAAAUCAAAUAUGUUUUGGACGCAGUACAUCAACCGCAUCAAGCGGUCUCAUCCCAGCCUCCGCACUGCAAUGAUGGUCUAUGCUGUGGCUCUGCACUUGUUUAUUGCGUACCUGUUAAUGUCCUGUUAAUCAGUACCGGCACCAGACUAUCGACUUGUAGUUAUCAUGUUAGAAUAUUCAAAACUUAGCUUGCCAAUUUAUGUAAAUACGCAUCAGCAUUGUAAACGUAAUUUCAAAUCAUUUUCUUCUAAAUGUAUCAGAGAAUAGAAUGUAAACUUUAUGAUUCCAAAUUGGAAUUCUGUUCAGCCUACAUAUUCAAACAUAUUUGUGUGUACAAAACAAAAGAAAUAUGCUUGUUAUUUUAGAUGCUUCCAUUGUAAAUAUGUACAGAAAUUGUGUCAAUUGGAGGAGGAUUAUAAUUAUGGUGCCAGAAAGAUUCAGUGUAUUUUACCUGAAAGUUAUUCAUUGUUGCUUUUUUAUUGAUGUUUGUGUAAAAUUAUCUUGGUGUUGGAAAGGUUUUAGUUUGUAUCACUCUGUCCACCUCAGUAUCCAUGUCGUUAAGGUAAUGCUACUAAACAAUCCAUUCCCUACCCCUCGCCUACCCAUGUCCCCAUCCCUUUGCCCAUCCUCUCCCCACCCUUGUCCCCACCCCUGUCCUCAUCCUUGGCCAAGUUCGGGCAAGGACUAUUAGUCAACUAGUGGUUGAUUUGUGACGUACCUUACGCCUGCGCAGUAAUAGCAAUGUGCGAACGUCUCUAGCCGAACGCUGGUCAAGAUGUUAUCGCAAAACUUCUGGAUCCUGGCUCCCUGCUAGCGUUAUGAAUGCGCCCGGCUAUUGGUUAC